AUGCUCAUCAACGUUCCUCCCGGAGACCCCGUGGUGGACGGGGGUCCCGUGGUGCGGCUGAAGGCCCACGCGCCCCACAACCUCACCUGCAGAGCGUCUGGAGCCAAGCCGGCGGCGGAGAUCACCUGGUACCGCGACGGAGAGGUCAUGGAGAGCGCCAUCUACUCUAAGACGCUGAUGGAGGACAAGAAGCGGGAGCUGGCCGUCAGCAUGCUGCCCAUGGUCCCCGAGGACCGCGACUCGGGCCGGACCUACACCUGCCGGGUCCUGAACCCGGCCGCGCCCGCCGGCCGCCAGACCUCCGUCACCAUCAACGUCCAGCACCCCCCGUCGGUGACGCUGUCCGUCCAGCCCCAGACGGUCACAGAAGGCUCCAAGGUCCUCUUCAUCUGCUCCGCCUCAGCCAAUCCGGAGAUCACUGGAUACAGGUGGUCCAAAGGAGGGGUGCCCAUCGCGGAGGCCAACGGAGACAGCCUGGAGGUGACGGUGGACUACUCGUACUUCACGGACCCCGUGUCCUGCGAGGUGUCCAACUCGGUGGGCAGCACCAACGUCAGCACCCUGGUGGAUGUACAAUUCGGCCCCAGGCUGCUAUCGGAGCCCAAGCCCAUGGCGGUGGACACGGGCAUGGACGCGGCUUUCACCUGCGCCUGGACCGGGAACCCCCCCCUGACUCUGGCAUGGACCAAACAGGGCUCCGGCGUGGUGCUGAGCAACGGGAACACGCUGCAGCUGAAGGCCGUCACCCAGGAGGACGCCGGCACCUACACCUGCAAGGCCAUCGUGCCGCGCAUCGGCGUGGCCGAGAGGGACGUGACGCUGACCGUCAACGGUCCGCCCAUCAUCACGGCCGACGCCACCCAGCACGCCGCCAAACACGCCAAGGGCAAGCUGGAGUGUGUGGUGGGGAGCAGCCCGCCACCCGACAAGAUAGUGUGGACGUUUGGAGAUGUCAGCCUGUCCUCCGGGACCUCCGGCAGGUUCUCCGUGCAGACGGUGAGCAGCGGCCAGGGGGUCAUCUCGUCCCUGGUCAUCUCCGAGACGCUGGCGCAGGACUUCCAGCUGAGAUACAACUGCACCGCCUGGAACCGGUUCGGCACCGGCACCGCCAUGGUCUCCCUGAAAGAGCAAGAAGCCCUGCCCAUGUUGAUCAUCGUGGGGGCAGCGGUGGGCGGGGGCUGCGUGCUGCUGAUCUGCGGCAUCACGCUGGUGUCUCUCUGCUGCCGGCACACGGGCAAAGGCAAGAAGUGCACCCGCCUCUCCAAGAGCGACAUCAGGGUGCAGAUCGUCCACAGCGACCACAACGCGACGCGGGGCGGCGACGACGAGGAGGACGUGAAGGAGCCCAUGGCCCCAAACAGCAGUGAGUCUCCCGGGACGUCCCGGACGGAGCACAGUGACCUGUUGGAGGAGGACGAGGACGAGCGGUCCGACAUCAAGGACCCCACCAACGGCUACUACAACGUCCGCGCCCACGAGGACCGCCACGUGCGCAGCAGCGGCUUCUCAGAGUAUGUGCCUAACGCCCGGCCCGUGUACACCCCCUCGCAGCUCCCGUCCUCCAGCCCGCUGUACGGCCAGCCGGCGGGCAGCCAGACCCGCGUCUACGACUUCAACCACCGCUACGCCACCACCACCGGGACGCGCUCCACCUACGAGCAGCAGCAGGCCGCCCAGCAGCAGGCCGCCACGCCCGCCGGCGUCUACUCGGCCGAGCCGGGCUACGGCGGCUCCGCCUACCUGCCCACCACCUGCGGCCGCGCCUUCACCAGCUACGUGAAGCCCGCCUCCUACGAGAAGGUGGACGCCUACGACCAAUCGGAUCAGGCCAGCAAGGUAUCGGGCUCCUCCCGCUUCUCCUACGCCUCCUCGCAAGUGUCCUCCCAGCAGUCGGACUACGGCCGUCCCUCACAACGCAUGCAGACGCACGUCUGAGGGGACAGACAGAGAGACGGGUCUGAGACACAGGAGAGAGAGAGAGAGAGAGAGAGCAGCACACCGCACCAUUCUGUCUCGAGAGCCAUUGUUUUGGCCGAGACAACCCCCCCCC